CUUUUUGUUUACAAUAACAAAAUAAAUUAUUUCAAGGCAUGGUAAACAGAAUUGCGUCAUUUUUGUGAUAUGUACUGCUGGGGCGCAAACAGCCAUGGACAGCUGGGCUUGGGCUUCUGUUCGGAGAUGUGCGCAAAGCCGCAACAGGUAGAAUGUUUACCGUUUGAGCUGCACACUGUUCGGACCGUCAGUGGGGGAGGCGGUCACACGUUGGUUAGCACCAAUAAUGGUGAUCUGUUCGGUUGCGGAUGGAACAACCGAGGCCAGCUUGGACUGGGGCACACCGAAGAUGUUCAUCGCUUCGCUCUGGUUGGAAGUUACAAUUUUGACAACGUCACAUGUGGCUGGGACGUUUCCGGUGCGUUAACCGUCGAUGGAGACGUAUAUUUGUGGGGAUCGAAUGUGUGGCAGCAAGUAGCAGACAAAAGCUUAAAGUAUGUUUCGAGGCCUGCAAAGUUCGAGUUGCCUGGCCAGAUGAAAGCGAAAACGAUUCACUUCGGAUUGAGGCACACUUGUAUUCUAUCCGACAAUGGAACCAUAUUUCUUUUCGGCAGGGCCAAAUGGUUAGCGAAAGAUAAUUUCCAAAGCAUCUUGCAUGGGGGAAUUGAAAUGUAUUACCUGAUGUAUCCAGAGGGAAUAGUUGACGUUGUGAGUGGAGAAAAUCAUUUAGUAAUUAAGUUGGAACAAAACAUAAUUAUGUGCAUAGGGGACAAUAAAUUUGGGCAGAGUCCAAGCGGGCUUGACCUGAAUCCUAACAAAUUAGAGGUAGUUCAACUGAAAUCGGGUUGGGCUCAUUCCGGAUAUUCCACCAGUAAUGGCAGUGUGUAUCUGUGGGGACGUAAUAAUCACGGGCAACUGGGCGUUCCGCUUGCAGAAAGGCCUAAUGAGGUGAUAUUGUUGAAGUUGAACGGCAGGGUUAUGAAAUUUUGCCUAGGUUCUCAGCACGGAAUAGCUUUAGCCACGGAUGGUGUGUACACGUGGGGUUGGAAUGAGCAUGGAAACUGCGGAACAGGAGGCGAUGAGAAUGUCUUGAUCCCAACUAGGGUGGAUGGAAUAGGGAAGAUUGAUGAGAUUGCGGCUGGAGCUGGCUUUUGCAUUGUUUUACGAAAAAUGUAAUAAAAAUGUUAUGCUACA